AUGAAUUAAAUAUCUGAAUAAUAGAUUGACCAAUAGGAUGGUAUUGACAUAAAAUAUAUGUCCUUUGAUGAUUCUGGGAUAGACUAUAACUAUUUUAAGAUUCCUCCAGAUUUGAACAAGGCGUAUUUACACAGAGUAUUUUAUAUAAUUAUGUUGAGUAAGCAUAUACGGUUCACAAAACUCCUGUUUCAAACUCUUAAUAAUGUCUUUGUUGCAAUUUUCCUAGAGAUCAUAUAAAGUACAAUUUCUUUGAAGGUUAAAAAUAUUAUCAUCACCAUAGUUCAUUAGGUGAAUAUUUUCAAUUGAUAUAGUAUUGCAUUUAUUAGCUAUUAAUAAUUGGGUAAUAGAAAUAAUUAUGAUUAGUAUCUUACUUGUUCCUUAUAGUUCUAUGAUUUAUAGCGAAGGGAACUAAUGUCAGUAAAUAACAGGUUGUGAUCCUAAUUCAAGUAAAGUUUAUUCAGUAUGGAAUCUGGUUCCGUCAUACAACUCUCUAAAUAAUCCAAAUUAUAGUUAUUUAGUACAUUUUACAUUUCUCCUCCUUUAAUUAGUACAUUUUCAUUUUUUUUAUAAUCCAAAAAUUACUAAAAGGAUGUAAACUGCAGCUAACUUCGAAUAUUUAAGAUAAACUUGCCUUUAUUUUCCUAAAAACAUUCAUUUACAUGUAGUUGAAUUCAUGAAAAGCAGAUAAAGAAACCUUUUUUAAUACUUAGUAUUUGAUUUAGAGAAAUAUGAAGAUGUUUUAUUUGAAAAGCUAAAAUUUGAAUAUUCCAAAUAAUAUGAUAAGGAGUAAUUUAUAAUAAUUUAAUAUAGUGAUAAAUGGAAAAAUAAAAUCUUGAUUAAAUCAUUUUAUGAUAAUGCUCUGUUAGAUGAAUGCGUAACUGGGAAGAUCGUAUUGAUGGAUCAAUUAUCUUUAUUCAAAAGUGAGGUAUUUGCUAUUUGCCAAAUUUAUAAUUAAUAAGUUUAGGAGUAUCAAAAUUAAGACACUAUAAAGAAAAAUUUAAAAGCCAUGCAGUUUAUCUUACUAAAUCUGAUAUUUUCAUAUUACUUACCUAGAGCAUUGAUCACGAUGACAAUGUUUUUUAGGUUAAAAUUAUUAACAACUUACUUUCAGGGAGAUGAUGAUAAAAUACUCUAGGGCAUUAUAAAAACCUCAUUUGGUAUUUCAUAGAUACUAAUAUUAAAAUUAAGUGAUUAUCUUUGUCGAAAUGGAUCAUCAAUGAUGCAUUAAUCAGUAAAAGUCAAUUUAUUAUGCUUAGAUCCAAUUGUUUGUCUUCAUAGAUAUAGCUUUAUCUGGUCAUUUUACAAAAUGGACUGAUUGCUUUAAUCCAUUUAACUAUUACACAGAAUCAGAUGCUUCGAGAUUGA